AUGGCUACAACCACUUCCUCUGUGAUCAACCUCACCAAGACCAUCAUCGGUGCCGGUUUACUGGCGAUUCCCUUUGCGUUCAGGGCGGACGGCAUCGUCCUUGGGCUGCUGCUUGUGCUGCUUGCUGCCGUGACGUCGUGGUUUGGGCUGUUCAUCAUCUACAAGGUGUCUCACCACGUUGAGGGCCAAGUGUCCUUCUUUGCGCUGUGUGCGAUCACGUAUCCGCAGCUGACGCUGCUGUUCGACUUCUCCAUUGCGAUCCAGUGCUUUGGCGUGGCGGUGAGCUAUCUGGUGUUGUUUGGCGACUUGGUUCCAGGCCUCAUUGGCGGAGCUUUGACCAGAAACCAGGUGAUUCUGCUGUCGCUGGUGAUCACGGUGCCGCUGAUCUCCUUUCGAAAGCUCGACUCGCUGAAGUUCGGCUCCAUCGUGGCUCUUGUUGCCAUUGCGUUCUUGACCGUGCUCGUCGUGGCACACUCCGUUGCGGAUGAGUACACUGAUAGGGGCGAGGUGUUGGUCUGGGUGCCGGGGAAGCUCAGCGACGUUAUCUCGACCUUCAGCAUCAUCAUAUUUGCCUUCACGGCUGCUCAGAACAUCUGCACGAUCAUCAACGAGAUUGACGAUAAGUCCAAUACCAAUCUUGUCAUCGUUGCAGCCUGUGGCAUCUCGUCCGUCUUGUUCUCCAUGGUUGGCUUAGCAGGCUACUGGCAGUUUGGCUCCAACGUCCUGGGGAACGUCAUGAUGAACUAUGACCCUGAACUGACCUCGACAAGGGUUGGUAAAGGUGCACUUACGCUCACGGUUGCGCUGUCGUACCCGUUGAUGUUCCAUCCUUGUAGAAUAUCCAUAAACAACAUGUGCUAUUGGAUUAGAAAGCACAGCUCAAAGCAAAACGAAGGAGAAGUUGGUCCAUUGUUGCAGCACUCUGACGACUCGAUCCAUGAGCACAUCCACGUUGAGGUUCCGUUCCCUACAAACGACUUCUUCAUCGUCUCGUUGGGCUUAACAUUGGCAACUUAUGGGCUGGCACUGAGCGUCACCUCUUUUGAACUGGUUCUUUCCCUAGUUGGAGCCACGGGCUCCACGUUGAUCUGCUUCAUCCUUCCUGGUCUCUUUGGUUAUAAGCUGAUGGAGACCGGAAGCGGCCAGGUCUAUUCCAUUGCACUCACCGUGUUUGGACUGGUGGUUAUGGUUACAUCUGUAUUUGCAACGCUCUACUUCUGA